AUGUCAAUAAUACGACCCUCCCUCCGCCCCAAGAGCGCCGUCUCGCCCCAACACAUCCACCAACAAGUCCGGCACGCGACCCUCCUCCGGCGUCCUAAACGACCUUACACCUUCACCCAACUCAUAACCCUUUCCGACGGAAGUACAUUCACACACCGCACGACAUCUCCCGCGCCGAUCUACAAAAGCACAAAGGACACCAAGAACAGCCCUCUAUGGAACCCGAGUUCGCAGAAGUUGUUGAAUGUCGAGGAGGAUGAGGCGGGGAGGUUGAAGAGGUUUCGAGCGAGGUUUGGGAGAGGUUUUGAUGUGGAGACUUUGGAGGAAGGAGAGGAGGCGCGAGAAGGCGAAGAAGGCGUACCGCGAGAACGGGAAGAGGAGAGUUUACUCGAUAUGAUUAGUUCGGUGGGCAAGGAGGCGGAGAAGAAGGGUAAAGCUGCUGGGAAGGAAGAGGCUGUGAAAAGUGGCAAGGGAAAGGGCGGGCAGAAGUGA